GGAGCACUUGAAUAUGACCUACAACGAGAUCCACAAACUUAUCUUAGCCUCUGCGGACAAGAUCGCGGAGUUCAAGCCAGACACGCUCGUUGCCAUCGCAGACAGAGGUUUCUUCCCCGCUCGUGUCCUCCGCACCUUUUUGAAGCACCCUGACUCGAAGAAGAACAUUCCCAUUGUUGCGAUUGGCUUGUCUCUCUACGAACAGCUUCCUGGCACAACUGCCGAGCAAAUUGGUGCUGAGGUUGUCCGUACCCAGUGGCUGGGUCCCGAGGGAGCAAAGAUCCUGCUUGGUCGUCGUGCUCUCAUUGUUGACGAGGUCGAUGAUUCCCGCAAGACCCUGCAAUACGCCAUUUCUGAGCUCCAGAAGGACGUGGAGAAGGAGCUUCUUGAGCUUCCAGAGUCCGAGCGCGAGGCACAGCGUACCAAGUUCGCUGUUUUCGUUGUGCACAACAAGUUGAAGGACAAGCUUGGCUCGCUGCCCGCUGAUCUGCCAUACUUUGCCGGCUCAAACGUCGAGGACGUCUGGCUGGACUACCCGUGGGAAGCUACCGAUAUUGACGAGCAUGACCGGCUCGCCGCACGACAAAAGGCUCACGUUUAAGCCCCUGGCACUCGCGACGAUUCCUAGGACGUGUUAUAAAAGCUGCUGUAUAGAAUGAAGUUCAUAUUUGCGUUUUCCGAGAUGUAUUAUGCCUGAAACCCCUUGUGGCGAUCGGGCUUGACUCAUGAUUGGCUCUGGUCACGCCCCGUCGUGCCCAAGUCAUCUGCCGCACGCACCUG